AUGUCAUCUGAUGAGAACAAGAAAUGGAUGAAGUGUGACCGUAAGUCUGGUGAAUACAUACAAGGUGUGAGGUCAUUUAUACAGUUUGCCAAGAAUAAUGGUGGUGGGAGGGUUUUAUUUUCAUGUCCUUGUCGAAAUUGUAUGAAUGGUAAAGGUUCAGUUUCACUUAGUGAGAUAUCAUUGCAUUUGCUCAAAUAUGGUAUUUGUUUGACGUAUACAACAUGGCGUCAUCAUGGUGAAAGUUCAGUAGAAGCACGGUCAAGACAUAGGGAUAACACUACAGCAGGUAUGGAUGGGAAUGUUAUAGUAGGUGUGGAUGUGGAUGGGGAUGUUACAUCUGCUAUGGAUAUGGAUGUGAAUGUCACAGGAGGAGUUGAUGUGGAUGAGAAUGUUACAGCAGGUGUGGAUGUGGAUGAGAAUGUUACAACAAAUUUGGAUGUGGAUGAGAAUGUUGGGACCAAGGGGUGUUGUAAGAAAAAGUUAUCAGCGGCCGAGCGAGCAAGAGUAUCAUUGUAUCCUUCGUGUCCUAAAGGAAAGUCGGCGUUGUACGUAGCGAUAAUGGUGAACAACAUAAAGACUCAGUAUGCGAUUUCAGAUAAUGGUAUGACUGCAAUGUUAGAAUUGAUAAAAGAGUUGCUUCCCGAAGAAAACAUCCUGCCAAGUAAGUUUCCAGAUGUCAAGAAGAUAAUUCAAGAGUUGGGGAUGGAUUAUGUAACCUACGAUGCUUGCAUGAAUGAUUGUAUACUCUAUUGGAAGGAUAAGAGUUCAUUGCUGAAGUGCCCUGUAUGUCAAGAACCGCGGUAUGUAAGAGUUUUCAAUGAUGAGAGAAAACUUACUCAAGUUGCGCAGAAGACGUUGAGACACUUUCCAAUAAUUGCAAGGCUGCAAAGAUUUUAUAGUAUACCAUGGAUAGCAAAGGCGAUGCUUUGGCAUUUUAGAGCACAGAAAGAUAUCAAUGUAAUGCGUCAUCCCGUUGAUUCUUCAGCUUGGCGUUGUGCGGAUAGUUUUUGUCCAUAG